CAUCCCAAUUCUCCCUCCACUUUUUCUCGAUACCGAGAGGGGAAGAAAUUGGACAGAGGGUUUCUCAAAUUUUUUCUGCAAAAAAAUUGGAAAAUAAUUUCACAAAAAAAUGACGGCGGAAGUAGCAAUUGGCGCGGCGGAGGUUCUGUCGCGGCCGAACGGCGAUUUGAAAUCCGGAAACCCUAACAGCGCCCCUGUUUCGGCUGCGAAGAAGUCGCGGGAGAGCGAGCGUCGGCGGAGGCGGCGCAAGCAGAAGAAGAACAAGCAGAAUACCGCCGAAGGUGAUGACAGCGACGCUGCUGCAGAGGAAGGCAACAGUGCCGCCGACGACAGCUCAAAGGAGAACGCCGAUCCACAAAAGGUUCCAGAUGUAGAGAUCGAGUAUGUACCUGAAAAGGCAGAAUUAGAUGGGGAGUUGAAUGAGGAAUUCAGAAGAGUCUUUGAGAAAUUCAAUGUUAUGGGAACUGCUGCUCCGGAGGAGAAUGACAAAAAGGAUGACAGUACUGCAGAUGCAGUCGUGAAGAAAAAGGUUGACUCAGAUUCCGAAGAAGAGGAGCAGGAAACUCAACAAAAGGAGAAGGGGGUCUCUAAUAAAAAGAAAAAGCUUCAACGUCGAAUGAAGAUUGCUGAACUCAAACAGGUCUCUACAAGGCCUGAUGUUGUUGAGGUAUGGGAUGCCACUGCAUCAGACCCUAAGCUGCUGGUAUAUCUGAAGUCGUAUCGCAAUACUGUUGCAGUACCACGGCACUGGAGUCAGAAAAGGAAAUUUUUGCAGGGGAAGAGAGGUAUAGAGAAACAGCCUUUUCAGCUUCCUGACUUUAUUGCUGCUACAGGAAUUGAAAAAAUCAGACAAGCAUACAUUGAAAAGGAGGACAGUAAGAAGUUGAAACAAAAACAACGGGAGAGGAUGCAGCCAAGAAUGGGGAAAAUGGACAUCGAUUAUCAGGUCCUGCAUGAUGCUUUCUUCAAGCAUCAGACAAAGCCUAAAUUGUCAACACAUGGUGAUUUGUAUUAUGAGGGGAAAGAAUUUGAGGUAAAACUGAGAGAAAUGAAGCCAGGGAUGUUGUCACAAGAUCUAAAAGAAGCUCUCGGCAUGCCUGAAGGCGCCCCUCCUCCGUGGCUCAUCAAUAUGCAGAGAUACGGCCCUCCACCUUCUUAUCCUCAUCUCAAAAUUCCAGGGCUUAAUGCUCCUAUUCCUCAUGGAGCUAAAUUUGGCUAUGGACAUGGAGACUGGGGUAAACCUCCUGUGGAUGAAUAUGGACGCCCUCUCUAUGGAGAUGUUUUCGGUGUUCUGCAACAAGAACAACCUACUUAUGAGGAGGAACCAAUUGAUAAGAGUAAGCACUGGGGUGAUUUGGAGGAAGAAGAAGAGGAGGAGGAAGAAGAGGAAGAGGAAGAAGAAGAGGAAGAACAGAUGGAGGAAGAGGAACUACAGGAUGGUAUUCAAUCUGUCGACAGCCUUUCAAGCACCCCUACUGGUGUUGAAACUCCUGAUGUUAUUGACCUGCGAAAGCAACAGAGGAAGGAACCUGAGAGGCCUCUCUAUCAAGUGCUAGAAGAAAAGGAAGAGAAAAUACAACCCGGAACUUUACUGACAACAAGCCAUACGUAUGUUAUUAACACUGGCACACAGGACAAAACUGGCGCUAAAAGGGUUGAUUUGCUAAGGGGCCAGAAAGCAGAUAAAGUUGAUAUCACAUUGGCCCCCGAAGAGUUGGAUCUCAUGGACAAUGUUUUGCCAGCCAAGUACGAGGAAGCUAGAGAAGAAGAGAAGUUGCGCACUCAGCGAGAAGAUUUCAGUGACAUGGUUGCUGAGAAUGCAAAGAAAAGGAAGCGAAAGAUGCACGAUAAGGAGAACAAAUCUAAAAAGAAGGAUUUCAAGUUUUAGGUGUGUUUCGGAUUCUAACGCAGCUUUCUUGGGGAUGCUGUGCAGCCAUGAAUGUGUCUGAAUGAUGCUCGACUUUUCUUCUUCUCUAUAAUGUUUGUCGUUCUCUUGAACUGCAGACAAUUAUGAUUUUGUAUUCUAGUAACACAACUGUUGACUUAAACUAACAUCCUUUCUGUAGUUUAAAAAAAAAUUGCUCUUCCUUU